AUCGCGCCGGAAGAGGUUGUCCUCACUCUCAAGAUGGCGUCUUUGCCCCUUUGUUUUUGUUGUAGAGAAAGAGUGUGUGAGCUCUAGCAGCAGUGAUCAAUCAGAGCCGCUGUAUGUCCGAAUCUUUUUCCUGAAUGUUUUUCCAUCUCCCGGUAGCCUACAAAGCUAUUUAAGUCAGCUUAGCAUGCUAGCUGGAAACAGACUGACGGGGACGGAAGUUAGCAACACAGCGCCUGUCAGAGUGACUGAUGGAGAGCAAGCGGUGUUUUGACGUGGAGACAAAGUCUAAAAUGCCUAAAGCCCAAAUGCUGAGAGCGUUGGUGAAGCAGCGACUAACUGCGGCUGCUGAAGAAAUAUUUGGGCUGUUUGAAAGAACGAUAGCAGAGUACGAGGAGGAACUUUCUAGAUCAAUUGAGGAGAACGAGCGACAACGGAAACUACUGGACGCUGUUUUCAGCCCUCAGCUUCAGUUACACAGAGCAGACGUCCAGCAGCUGUUGGUGGUUAAAGAAGAGGUUCCUCCUGAGCAGCAGGAGUGGAUCUCCAGUCUGGACCAGGAGGACCCAGAGCCACCAUACAUUAAAGAGGAACAGGAGGAACUCUGGAGCAGUCAGGAGGGAGAGCAGCUUCAAGGACUGGAGGAGACUGAUAUCAAUUUCACAUUUACUCCGGUGAAGAAUGAACACAAGGGUGACGAGAUACCUCAGUCCUCACAGCUUCAUCAGAGACAAACUGACCAGAUGGAAACAGGAGCUGAUGGAGAUGACUGUGGAGGAGCAGAACCAUCCAGGAACUCAGAUCCAGAUACAUAUUUGCAACCAGUUAGUGAAGAUGAUUCUCUGGACUCUAAUGAGACUGAAGUCAGUACUGAUGAUUGGGAGACCAGAGACCCUCAAUCAGGCUUAAACUCUCUGAAAAAUGAUAAAGUCUCUGUCAGUGGUUCAAGAUGUACUACUCAGAGACCUUACAGCUGCUCAGUUUGUAAGAAAUCUUUUACACAGGGUGGAAGUUUACAGAAACACAUGAGGAUCCACACAGGAGAGAAACCAUACACCUGCCCAGUGUGUGCUAAAGCUUUCAGUGACGGUGGAAAUCUGAAGAUGCACAUGAAAAUUCACACAGGAGAGAAACCAUACAGCUGCUCAGUGUGUGGCAAAGCUUUCAGUGAAAGAGGAAAUAUGAAGAUGCACGUGAGAAUUCACACAGGAGAGAAACCAUUCAGCUGCUCAUUUUGUAGGAAACCUUUUUCACAGAGUGGAAGUUUACGGAAACACAUGAGGAUCCACACAGGCGAGAAACCGUUCAGCUGCACAGUGUGUGGCAAAGCCUUCAGUGACAAUGGGAAUUUGAAAAUACACAUGAAAAUCCACACAGGAGAGAAACCAUUCAGCUGCUCAGUUGUGUAUUUAUAUAUCUCAUUAUUCUCCACAGAUGUCCAGCAGCUGUUGGUGGUUAAAGAGGAGGUUCCCCCUGAGCAAGAGUGGAGCUCCAUUCUGGACCAGGAGGACCCAGAGCCCCCACACAUUAAAAAGGAACAGGAGGAACUCUGGAGCAGUCAGGAGGGUGAGCAGCUUCAAGGGCUGGAGGAGGCUGAUGUCAAGUUCACAUUCACUCCUGUCUCUGUGAAGAGCGAAGAUGAGGGUGAGGAGAUACCUCAGUCCUCACAGUUUCAUAAGAGACAAACUGACCAGAUGGAAACAGCUGAUGGAGAGGACUGUGGAGGAGCAGAACCAGCCAGGAACUCAGAUCCAGAUACACAUUUACAACCAGUUAGUGAAGAUGAUUCUCUGGACUCUUCUGAGACUGAAGUCAGUGCUGAUGAGACCAGAGACCCUCAGUCAGGUUUACAUUCUUUGAAAAACAAUCAAGUUCCUGUCAAUGAUUCAAGAAGUAGCGCUGGUAAGAAACCAUAUAGAUGCUCUGAGUGUGGGAGAAGAUUUCUUAAAAAGGGAAGUCUGAAGCAACACAUGAAAAACCACACAGGAGAUAAACCUUUCAGCUGCCCAGUUUGUGGUAAAAGAUUUUCAGUCAAGUCACGAAAGGUGACACACAUGAGAAUUCAUUCAGGAGAAAAACCUUUCAGCUGCUCUGUUUGUAAGAAGUCAUUUGCGUGGAGUGAAAAUAUACAUGCACACAUGAGAACUCAUACAGGAGAGAAACCUUACAGCUGCUCCAUUUGUGAUAAAAGUUUUAGACAAAAGAUAAAUCUGACCCAGCACAUGACACAUCACACAGGGGAGAAACUGUACAGUUGCAGUGUUUGUAACAAAAGAUUUGCCUGGUCAUCUCAGGUCACAAGACAUAAAUGUGUUGGUCGUCAAACUCAUGAGAACAGAGAGGCAGAGCCUCCAGCCGAAAGCUUAACUGAACAGAUAGAAAGAGAAGCUGAUGGACUGUGGAGGACCAGAACCAGCCAGGAAUUCUGAUCCAGAUACACAAUUGCAAACAGACACCAUCGACGAGACUGGAGACUUCUGAGACUGAUGGCAGUGAUGACUGGAAAAGGACAGAGAACCUCAAUCAGGUUUAAGCUCCUUAAAAAACAAUGAAGUACCUGUCAGUGACAUGGACUGUAAAACUGGAAAAGAUUUGACCACAAGGGAAACACUGCAGACUAGAGUUCACACAGCAGAGAAACCAUUUAGUUGUUCAGUUUGUGACAAAAGAUUCUCUCAGUUCUAUAAUGUUAAAAAAACAUGAGUGUGUUGGUGAGAGCAGCAGUAAUAAAUGAAGCUGCAGAGAUGCAAUUGAGACAUUUUUUUAGAGCAGGAUUGAGCUCCUGAGGGCAAGACCUGGUUCAAAACCAAUCAGCUAAAAACUGACAGACUUAAGGCUGAUACAGACUCCACAGUAAGUCUUUUAAAAGAAGAUGAAGUUACACAAACAUUUAAAUUUUUGUCAAUUUGCGUCUACGUUAUUUUGACAUUUUUCUGGGGCACUGUACUUUUUGGUAUUACAUGUCUGAACUGAUUCAACUUGUUUAACAUUGUCUAAAGGGAUUUCAUAUGUCCUGGGCAGCUCUGUGGUUUGAGAUAAAUUAUCAGCAGUGCUGAAACUGAUGUAAAAUAUUUAACUUUAUCAUUAUUCAGUAGCUUUUUCUUUACAGUUUGAAGUCAUUACCUCCUUGUUCUUGCUUUACAGUAGAAAUUGAACAUGGUUAGUUUGUGUGUAAGGUAAAGUGGAACAAAUAUUAAAAUAUAGUGGACACUUACACUGAUAUAGGUUUUAGGUGGCUAAAAUACAUAUUUGCAGCGACUCUGUCCACAGCUGCAACUGACAUUGCUUAGCUUCUGUGCUGGUAGAUUUGGUUUAUCGGAGAUGAGAGCAAAGCAACAAAGUACAUAAAAUAAGCACAGCAGAACUGUCAGAUGAGUUGGAUUGUAGUGUUUACCUAUGUUUCUUUAAAUGUUACAGUUUUGAUUUUGGCUGAAAAUGACAACAGAAAUCAACUUGUUUACCAAUUUGACAUAUCUCUGCAGUUGUAAUCAACUGCUGGUUGUCUACCCGGGAGUGACUGUUGUUAACGUGAUGUCCAAUUAAUUCGGUCUAUUGAAGUACAACCUUAAACUGCAGAAAAUGUGGUGACACUGGCUGAACUUUUUUAUUAAGCGAUACAAACUUAUCCUU